AUGGCACUCGGGGAUGGUACUGAGCUCGGUGGCUCAGGUCGUAUCAUUGCACUAACGCAUAAACCCGCAUUUUCCAUGCAACUAAAGAUCGAAGUCGAAAUAUUUGAUGACUCCGCAGACGAUGAUCCGGCCAAUGGUUGUACGAACGAUUCCUGCAAGGGCAGAUUAGUUUAUACUGCGAACAAAGGUUUAGCACAUUACCCAUUACCUGACGAUGACCUUGAUGAAUUUGUUUUAGUAUCGAUCGAUGUUCCCCCAUUUCCGCUCAAGGGAAAUGUUGCCGAUCGCGCUUCAAUUAAUCCAGACAACAUCCACUUCAUAGUGCCGCUCAAACUGCUCAACAACGAAUCGCUGAAUUUUGCUGCAAGCGAAUUGGCAGACGCUCUUUUUCCACUGGUGAAUGAUGUGUCCAUAUCAAAAGAUUCUACACUGCUUGCUGCAGUCUGUUGA